AAUCGAAGUGCGUCAAGAAGUAUUCGGAUCAGCAUUUUUCGCUUGAUACGUUUAGGCCGGAAAACAGUGAAAAAAGUGAAAAUUUCUCGCAAAAGUUUUCUUCCGUUUACGCAAUUGAAUGUACUGAACGGGAAUUCGCUGCCAUCCGCUAGUCGUCGGAAUGUUCCUUCAAUUAAACAGCAUUUGAAAAAUACGAGAAAAUUUCGUAGCCCGAAACUCUUCUUCUUGUGCCUGCCUCCUGCGGGAGAGACGUCGGUGUUGGUGUUUUUCCGAGUGUUGUACAAACGCUUGCGUACAGAUUUGUUUUGUUGUGUCGCCGCUUUUCCGAUUGGUUGUGCUUGUAUUGUAUGAAAUGAAAUUGUUUAUCGAUGACCGUAGUGGUGGGUUGUUUUCCAUGAAAAUCUUUUUCCCGUGUUUGUUGACCGAUUGCCAUAGAGCUGUUCGCAACAAUGAGCGUAAACGAUGAGAGUCGGGUGAAUGAUUCGGUGGCCGCCGGUGCUUCCUCUGCUGUCACCAGCGCCCUGGACAAUCUGAAGAUUCGAGACGAUCUGUUCAAAACGGUUAAGUGUUUUAUCACUGGUACACUAGAUCCGAAGAUCUCGAAACUGCUCGAAGAUGGCGGAGCAUCUAUCUCUAACUUAAUGGACUUCAUCACACACGUUGUAUGCGGAGCUAAUUACGACGAAAACGACAUAAACCAAGCGGCAGAUCUUUACGACGUACCGUCUGUUUCCGAAGCUUGGGUUAUUGCUUCGGUGCGGCUAGGAAGGCCUGCCUCAACUAAAGCAUACUUUCCUCUAAAAUCGGCCCUCUUUAGCAAUCUCACGUUUGGAGCCACCCAGCUAGAUAAUAGGGAUCUGCGAAAGUUGUACGGAAUUGUGACCUUCUACGGUGGUUCAUUUCGAAAUCAUAUUGAUCGUCAAACAACACAUUUAAUCUGCGGUGCUGCGAAAGGAUCGAUCUACGCAAAGGUGCUCGGCAUCAGUGGGAUCACUCCGGUGACACCGGACUGGGUGAUUGAGUGUGUAAAAGGAGGCAAGCUUUUGAGCUGCGAAGUUUAUCAUCCACGGUUGGUUAUAACACCGAGAAUUUUCAAACAAGCUCCACAGAGACCGUCAACACCGGUUCAAAAACCGGAACAAGAGAAACCUUUAUCCAGUAUAAUAGGGUUUGAUUUUGAAGAGAAUAUAGCCAAAACGGAAGUACCGACCAGUGGAAACGGUAAGAAAGAGGAAGACAAUCCCAGUUCUCAGGUACAGUCGCAGGCAGCUCCAGAGGCACCGAAAAGUGUCGCUCCUGCACAACCAAUUCAAAUACAGUCACAGCAACAACCACAGCCAGCCCAGCAACUAAUACAAAACGUGCAAGGACAGCAACAAAUCGUUGGUGCCAGGUUCGCUCGACCUCCGGGACCGGUUCAAUCACAGCAGCAACAGCAGCAGGCACAUUUGCAGGACCAAUUACAGCAUAAUCAGCAACAACAGCUGCCAAACCCAACCCGACCGACUGGUCCAACCGGUCAAAGUUUACAGCAGAUCCAGCUACAGAAUCAACAAAUACAGCAACAGCAGCAAAUUCAGUUUCAGCAACAGUUGCAACUGCAACAGCAACAGCAACAACAAAACAUUCAACAGCAAUCAAUACAGCAGCAGUUCCAGAAGAUUAUAAUGCAGCAAUCUUUAAAUCAAAGUAGUCAACAGCCACAACAGCAACAGCAGCAGCAGCAACAACAACCUAUGAUUCAGCAGCAGCUACAGCAGCAUCAGCAAACAAUGCAACAGCCACCACAACAACAGUUAUCACAACCGCAACAACAACAGCCUCAAUUAUCAAACCAAACUCAGCAUAUGCAACAACAACAACAGCAACAUCCCAAUCAAGCACAAAAUGCUGUUAUGCAACAACAACAACUUCAGCAACAGCAAAUACAUCAACAACAGUUGCAUCAGCAGCAGAUGCAAUUGCAACAGCAACAACAACAACAGCAGCAGCAACAACAACAGCAGCAACCCAAUGUGGCGCAGUUGCAACAACAACAACAGCAGAUUCAACAGAUUCAGCAACAAGUGCUGCAACAACCGAAUCCAUCAAUCCCUCAGCAAAACAUUCAGCAACCCACUCUGCAACAGCAGGUGCAACACAAUGUAAAUCAAAUUCAACAGAAGAUGGCCCAACAACAGUUGCUUCAACAGCAAAAACAAAUGCAGCAACAACAACAACAACAGCAGCAACAACAACAGCAACAACAACAGCAUCAACAACAACAGCAGCAGCAACAUAUUCUACAAUCCCAACCGCAGCAACAAAUGCUACAACAGCAAUCUCCUCAGCAGCAACAAAUUAUACAUCAGAAUCAAAUCCAGAUGCAACAGGGACAACCCAAUCAGAUCAUACAACAAGUGAUUCAACAACAACAGCAGCCGGGUCAACCGAAGCAAAAUAUUCAAGUUGUGUUCAAAGGAGGUCAACCUCAGCAGCAGCCGCAACAAACACCACAGCAACAAAUCCAGCAAAUCAUGUCCAAUUUAACUGCUGGAACUGAAGGACCACAGCAGCAGCAGCAACAGAAAAUCAUACGACAGGUUACCAUUAAUCAGGGUCCUCCGGGAAGUGUUCCACAAUCAUCGCAACCCCAGCAGCUCGGUCAGCAACCGAUACCGGUUAGUCAACAGCAGAUUCAACACAUUUCAGGACCGGGUCAACCACAGCAACAACAACAACAACAGCAGCAAUUGAUGAUACAGAGAACACUUUCACAGCAGCAACAGCAACAGCAGUUGAGUAAUCAAAGUGGUUCUCAGCCGGGUCCUUCGCCUGGUCAGUUGCUUCAACAGCAGAGCAUUCAGCAACUGCAGGCUGGUCAAGGUCAUCAGACAAAAAUCAUUCAGCAAACAAUCAUCCAUCCUCCUAUUUCUACCAACUAUCAAACGAUCACCAAACAGCUAAUCGUCGGUCAACCACAAAAUCAACAACAACAACAACCGCAAUCGCAGCAACAGAUUUUACAACAGCAACAACAAAUGCAAAAACCGGCCGGACCUGGAAUGCCACCAGGUCAGCAGCAGCAAGGACCACCUCAGCAAAUAGUGCAACGUAUCGUCCAACAGCAAGUCCUGCAAGGCCCCCCGGGUAGCAAUCAACCCGGCGGUCAACCGCAAAAUAUCGUCAUCAUCAAUCAGGGAACGAAUCAACAGCAAAUCAUCACUUCUUCAUCGGGUCCAUUGCCGGGUCAAAUGCAAGCAAUGACCCAACAACAGCGAAUCCAGUACAUGCAAAGCUUGCAACAACAGAAACAACAACAACAGCAGCAGCAGCAACAACAGCAAUCACAGCAGAUUAUUGUUAGUGGAGCCGGUCCGGGUCCGCCAGGACAAAUUUUGCAACAAGCUGGACCGAACGUCGUUCACAUACAGCAGCGCACACUGCAGCAGAGUCUGAAUCAACAAUCUUCUAUGCCGGGACAGCCACAACAACAGCAGCAACAACAACAACAACAGCAAUCACAACAAGUAUUGAAUUCAGCUGGUCCUGGAAUGAUGUCUGGACAGCAAACCGGACAACCUCAACAGCAAACCAUUGUCGUACAGCAGCAUCAAAUGGUUCCGAAUCAGCAACCGACAAUUAUCCAGCAACAAAUGCUUGCCCAACAACAACAACAACAACAACAGCAACAGCAACAACAUGCCCAGCAACCCAUGAUCAUUCAAGGUGCUCAACCGGGCCAACCGCAGCAGCAAAUUAUUCAGCAGACACUUUCUACUAGCGGUGGUACCGUCCAUCAGUUGCUACAACAACAACAACAAGCUGGUCCUCAGCAAGGCCAAGGUCCUACGAUUCUACAGCAUCAGAUCGUUGGACAAGGUCCUCCACAAACAGCACAAACCAUGGACGGUCAAAUUCUACAGCAAACUGGUCCAGGUGGAGAAAUAAUUCAGCAAACACAGCAACAGCAGCAGGUGAUAUCUGGUCAACCGGGGCCUGGUCAACCACAACAGUGGACACCACAAAGUCCCAUUCAACAACAGCCCAAUCAAUCACCGAUACAUCAGUUUCAGCAACAACCGCAAGGGCUUCCCGCCGGUGCUACCAUAAUUCAGCAAACGAUCGUUCCACCGGGAGCUGCUGUUCCUGGUCAACCCGGUGUAGUGCCAGGUCAACCUGGGGUACCACCACAGUUCGUUAGAUCUACCCUUCGUCCUCCCGUGCAGCGGCAGUAUAUUCAGCUGGAUCCGCAAACUCAUGCCACGCUGCAAAAGCUGGAUCCUGCCAGUCGGCAAGAAUAUAUCGAUCGGUUGGGUAAGCAACGGGUUUUGAUGCAACGCCAACAACAGGCGGCAUCAUUUCAAGCUCGUCCGGGUCAUCCCGGUGUUCAACCUGGCGUUCGUCAGCAGCAAAUCAUUUAUCGAGGCCCCAUGCCUCCGGGACUGAACCAACAGCAGCAAAUGCAAUGGAUUCAACAGCAAAACGCUCGCCAAGGCGUAGUUCGUCCCGGUGCUCCCGGUCUUAGUCCCAUAACUCAACAGAAUGUGGUUCCCCCCGGUUCCCCUAUGGGUCAAUUUCCUGUGGAUCCGAACAGUUCACCCCAGCAGCAGCAACAGCAGCAACAACAACAGCAACGGAUUCAGCUUGAACGUCAACAGCAACAACAUCGACUUCUUCAGAUGCAACUGCAGCGAGAGCAGGCUCAAAAGGGUGCCCAAGGACAACCGCAGCAGGGCCAAGCCAUUUCUCCGCGUGGAGCUGGAUUUCCACCGGACGUCGUUGGCGAUGGUUCUGCGACAAUAGUUCAACAAACCAUAGUCGGAUCCCCCGUAGGACCAGCACAGGAUCCCAAUAUUCCUCACGGUGCACAGCAAAUGAAGAACCAAACAAAGACGGCUCUGGCAAACAUGCUCAGCAGUCGACUCGGAUCGAAUGGCAGUGUAGUACCUAAUCUCCCGGAGGGAGCCUCCGCAGCUGAACCAUCGGCAGCAGGAACAUUGCGAAUGAUGACAGCCCAACACAAUGCCGCUCUGCAGCAAACAAUGAUACCUCGGUCUCCGCAGGAUUUAAUUGUACUUCAACAGCAGCAACAACGUCGCACUCUUGGCAACAUUACCAACGCUGGAACACCGGUCGGUACCGUAGUGAACCAAAUUGUUCAGCAGGUUCCACCGGGAACCCCCGGAAUCCCCCAGUCACCGUCGGCGAUGAAAAGUGGUGCUCCUCCCUUCAGUCCCGGUCGUGCUCCACUGCCACGACCGCAAUACUACGGACACAAUCCCAAUCUGAAGCUUCCGCCGGAAUUGUUCCUUCUCGGGUGUGUGUUUGUCAUCAUCGAGUACGACGAGACGCACAAAAACGAAAUUGAAGACUGGAUAACCAUCAUUCGGAAGCACGGUGGCGAAAUAGAACAGUACUACAGCCCCAAAGUGACUCACGUACUCUGUCGAACUCAACGGCACGGCGUUGUUAUGCAGGCUAUUCGGGACGCCAAACGGUGCAUCACGUCCUACUGGUUGAACGAUAUAGUACUGAAAAAGCAGCUGCUUCCACCGUGGCAAGCUCUGCAUCUGCCAACACCUUCCAUUUUCGGCAACCAGAAACCGGCGCCGAAGCACAACAUGUCGAUCACGGGAUUCGAGGGGGAGGAACGUGUCCGCAUCAAGCAGAUGAUCGAAGAGUCCGGUGCGAAAAUGACCCCCUACUUCAGCAAAUCGAACACGGUUCUGGUUUGCAAGCGAAUCGACAACCAGAAGUACAAAUGCGCCAAAGAGUGGAACAUUCCAACGGUCAACACGGUGUGGCUAAGCGAUAUCCUGCUGGGCAAUCUCAGUGCGAUGCAGCAGUGUGACGGGCCAAAGUACCAACAGUUCAAUCUGAACUCGCCAUUCCGGAUCGAUUACAAUCUGGUGAUGCAUUUGAUGACUGCCUGGAAGGCUCCGAUAAAUCUAACGUCCGAAUCGCACGAACGUGUGAAGCGUAGUUUAACGGAACCGCCACAACCGGCAUCCGCGGCGAAGAAGGCUCGUACGCUUCCGCCGUUGGAACCGAUUCCCGUUGAGAUCGUCUGCCAGCGUCAGCCAGAUGCCGACAGCAUACCAAAUAUCAUGUUUUCCCAGAUCGACAAUACGGAGGGGCUCACCAGGGCUGUUAUGACUCUCGGUGGUCGUAUAGCCAACGGACCUGCGGAUGCCACGCAUCUAGUAAUGACACGAGUAGCCAGAACGGUCAAACUAAUUACGGCCCUGACCAGCGUUCGAUACUUGCUGUCGAGCAAAUGGAUUACCGAAAGUGCCAGUGCUGGAUAUUUCCUACCGGUCGAAAACUAUCGGCUGGACGUGAAAGAAUUGGACGAAACCUUCAAGUGUGAACUGUACAAAGUUCUCGAAUCACCUAACCGGAAUAAACUGUUCGAAGGGAAGAUUUUCUUCAUUACUCCUCAGGUGAAGCCAUCCAUUCGGGAUGUAAAACAAAUGAUUGAACUGAGUGGGGGAGUGGUUGAGAAAACGGCACGUUCGGUCAAGAAGAUCCGAGAAACGAACCUGGAUAAACCGGGAUGCUAUGUGAUUUUAAGUUGUCCGGAGGAUCGAAUCUUUAUUCAACCCUUUAUCCAGAAGAGCAAGCAUGGUGCGUGCCAGAUCUGCACGACCGAGUACGUGAUGCAGUCGAUUCUGCAGCAAAAGCUCUCGAUUGAACCGCAUAUUAUCAAAUGGGAACUGGUGUCGUAGGAUGUAAAUAGUUUAGAUCGCAAGCAAUAGAUUGUGUUUUUGAGAAUUGUGUGAAAUGCUAUAGAAUAGUAAACAACCCGUUACAAAAGUACUACCAUUGAUGGGGGGGCUUGUCCCAGAGCAGCAAGCUAUAUGAAGAUUAUUUAAUCUGUAAAGUUACUACAUCAUGAAGAUAUAUUUUCAAAGAAAAAUAUACGUGUUUAAGUCUGGAUUAGUGUUCACACACAGUCAUUUUAGGAACCCGAUGGAAGAUCAAGUAAUAAAAAAAACCAUUGCCGUUACGAUUAUUCUUAAUGAAAUGGAAGUAAUACAGUAGAAAUCACGAGUGCAUUUUAUUCCUCACAUACGUAUAUUAUUAACUAUGAACCAGUAUAUACGAACAUGAAAGAUACCGCAUAGCCAGGCAACGGUGAAUAUUAAAUAUACGAACACAUUGAACUAGUA